CACCAUUGUGGCCCUGAGCAGCAUAUUUAACCCCAUCAUCUUUGGUCAGAGGUGAAGUAUUCUGUGUGACAGAAUUUAUCCUGCCCUGGAACUGACACUUCAGAGAUUAUGUCGUCUUUAUGUUAUGUUGACUCAUUUGCAGUACUUUUCAAGAAAUAGAUAUGAUGUACUGAUGAUAUUGUAUACAAGGAUCUAUAACUAUAAUCAUGUGGCGGUUGCAUAUCUCUGUAGUCCUUUUCUAGCCUAAUAGGUCUAGACUUGAUUAUUUUGAUUUGAUGAAAAAGACACUUUUUGUGAAGAGUGCCAAGACUUUUGACUGUGUCAGUUUGUCACUUCCCGCUCCAUUUUGGUGAUAUUUUGUGUUGAAUUUGGGGAAACAAAUUGUUGUUUCCGUUAUGUUGAGCUAUUGUGGUUUGUUUGUUUUCUCAAAAUAACUCCAAAAGUGUGUGUAUUUUGCUUAAAAACCAACAUUUCUAAAGGGGUGCCAAUACUUUUGUCAGUGACUGUAGCAAAGACCUCCUUUAAACUUUACCUUUCGUUAUCUAUUCAUCUGUACAUUUGUUUAACCCUGAAAACUCAAACAAAGUGGCUCAUCAUUUCCUGGCAGUUAUGUGUGUUUGUUUUGAUCAGUUGAAUGCCCUUGGCCUAUUUUAUUUUUUUUCAAAGAGAGGCAAAAAUAUCAGUUAGCGGAGAGGACGGCUACUGGCUGCCAAUUUUCUCCUAGGAAAGUCUAUUUUGGCAUAUUUAGAUGGAGAAAGUGAUCACCAUGACCAGGCGACUCAAAUCAAAAACAUUCUUACUUUUUUCCCUCAUCAUACACCUCCAAUCCACCUGUUGCACAGAGCUGCCCUCAGAUGACUGUGUGCUUAAAACGUGUUCAGAGGGUCAAAUCUGUGUUGAAGCUCCUGCGGGUUCUAAGAGCUCCUGCGCUUGCCCUCAAGGAUACCAAGGCAGUGCAUGUGACCAGGACAUCAAUGAGUGCUCAGCAGGCUCCAACCCUUGCAAGCACAGUGGGCGCUGCAUCAACACUUUGGGCUCCUACAGCUGCCAGUGCCUGCUGGGUUAUAUGGGCUUACAUUGUGAACUGGAGGUGAAUAAGUGUGAAUCAAACCCCUGCAAAAACAAUGCAUCCUGCCUUAAUUUGAUUGGACGAUACAAAUGUAUCUGCAAAUCAGGCUUUGCUGGUCCACAGUGUGAGGAUGUUGUCUGUGGUCAGCACAUUUGUCAUAAUGGGGGAACGUGUGUAAAAACUCUAAAUGGUUCCUCUUGUCAAUGUGGAAAACAGUGGACAGGUCAGUACUGCACAGAGAAGGACUGCUUUUCCUUUGGUUGGUGCAAAAAUGGGGGAAAGUGUGUAAGAACAGACACAGGGAGUCACUGCGAAUGUGCGCGUGGCUGGACUGGAGAGGACUGCAGCGAGAACAUUGAUAAGUGCGUAAAUGCAGCUUGUUCACAGGGAGCAACUUGCAUUGACAGAGUUGACUCGUUCAGCUGUGUUUGUCCGUAUGGACGCACUGGUCUGUUGUGUCAAUUAGACGAUGCCUGCAUAACCAAUCCAUGUCCACAAGGUAGCAAUUGCGACACAAACCCAGUAACUGGGAAAUUCAUCUGCACCUGUCCUACAGGAUAUGUGGGUCGUGACUGCAGUGUGGACGUUGAUGAGUGCUCAUUAGGGCACCCAUGUGAGCAUGGAGGGCGCUGCAUCAACACUGUUGGGUCCUUCUCCUGUCGGUGCCCAGUUAGUUACGCAGGCUCACGCUGUGAGUUAGAAAUUAACGAGUGUGCAUCUAAUCCCUGCCAAAACGGCGCAACAUGUCUUGACCAGAUUGGAGGAUACAAAUGUAUCUGUCAUCCAGGCUUUGUUGGUCCGCAGUGUGAGGAUGUAGUUUGUGGUCAGCACAUAUGUCACAAUGGGGGAACGUGUCUAAAAUUACGGGAGGACGGAUCAGUCAAGUUCUGUAAAUGUGCGAGUGGCUGGACUGGAGAGGACUGCAGCGAGAACAUUAAUGAGUGCGUAAAUGCAGCUUGUUUCCAGGGAGCAACUUGCAGGGACAGAGUUGAUUCAUUCUUCUGUGAAUGUCCACUAGGGCGCACUGGUCUGUUGUGUCAUUUAGUCGAUGCCUGCAUAACCAAUCCAUGUCCACAAGGUAGCAAUUGCGACACAAACCCAAUAAAUGGGAAAUUCAUCUGCACCUGUCCUACAGGAUAUGUGGGUCGUGACUGCAGUGUAGACAUUGAUGAGUGCUCAUUAGGCCAUAACCUAUGUGAGCAUGGAGGGCACUGCAUCAACACUGUUGGGUCCUUCUCCUGUCGGUGCCCAGUUGGUUACGCAGGCUCACGCUGUGAGUUAGAAAUUAACGAGUGUGCAUCCAAUCCAUGCCAAAACGGUGCAACAUGCCUUGACCAGAUUGGAGGAUACAAAUGUAUCUGUCAUCAAGGUCAGUACUGCACAGAGAAGGACUGCUUUUCCUUUGGUUGGUGCAAAAAUGGGGGAAAGUGCUUAAAAACAGACACAGGGAGUCACUGCGAAUGUGCGCGUGGCUGGACUGGAGAGGACUGCAGCGAGAACAUUGAUGAUUGCCUAAAUGCAGCUUGUUCACAGGGAGCAACUUGCAUUGACAGAGUUGACUCGUUCAGCUGUGUUUGUCCGUAUGGACGCACUGGUCUGUUGUGUCAUUUAGACGAUGCCUGCAUAACCAAUCCAUGUCCACAAGGUAGCAAUUGCGACACAAACCCAGUAACUGGGAAAUUCAUCUGCACCUGUCCUACAGGAUAUGUGGGUCGUGACUGCAGUGUGGACGUUGAUGAGUGCUCAUUAGGCCAUAACCAAUGUGAGCAUGGAGGGCGCUGCAUCAACACUGUUGGGUCCUUCUCCUGUCGGUGCCCAGUUGGUUACGCAGGCUCACGCUGUGAGUUAGAAAUUAACGAGUGUGCAUCCAAUCCCUGCCAAAACGGCGCAACAUGUCUUGACCAGAUUGGAGGAUACAAAUGUAUCUGUCAUCCAGGCUUUGUUGGUCCGCAGUGUGAGGAUGUAGUUUGUGGUCAGCACAUAUGUCACAAUGGGGGAACGUGUCUAAAAUUACGGGAGGACGGAUCAGUCAAGUUCUGCAAAUGUGCGAGUGGCUGGACUGGAGAGGACUGCAGCGAGAACAUUAAUGAGUGCGUAAAUGCAGCUUGUUUCCAGGGAGCAACUUGCAGGGACAGAGUUGAUUCAUUCUUCUGUGAAUGUCCACUAGGGCGCACUGGUCUGUUGUGUCAUUUAGUCGAUGCCUGCAUAACCAAUCCAUGUCCACAAGGUAGCAAUUGCGACACAAACCCAAUAAAUGGGAAAUUCAUCUGCACCUGUCCUACAGGAUAUGUGGGUCGUGACUGCAGUGUAGACAUUGAUGAGUGCUCAUUAGGCCAUAACCUAUGUGAGCAUGGAGGGCACUGCAUCAACACUGUUGGGUCCUUCUCCUGUCGGUGCCCAGUUGGUUACGCAGGCUCACGCUGUGAGUUAGAAAUUAACGAGUGUGCAUCCAAUCCAUGCCAAAACGGUGCAACAUGCCUUGACCAGAUUGGAGGAUACAAAUGUAUCUGUCAUCCAGGUCAGUACUGCACAGAGAAGGACUGCUUUUCCUUUGGUUGGUGCAAAAAUGGGGGAAAGUGCUUAAAAACAGACACAGGGAGUCACUGCGAAUGUGCGCGUGGCUGGACUGGAGAGGACUGCAGCGAGAACAUUGAUGAUUGCCUAAAUGCAGCUUGUUCACAGGGAGCAACUUGCAUUGACAGAGUUGACUCGUUCAGCUGUGUUUGUCCGUAUGGACGCACUGGUCUGUUGUGUCAUUUAGACGAUGCCUGCAUAACCAAUCCAUGUCCACAAGGUAGCAAUUGCGACACAAACCCAGUAACUGGGAAAUUCAUCUGCACCUGUCCUACAGGAUAUGUGGGUCGUGACUGCAGUGUGGACGUUGAUGAGUGCUCAUUAGGCCAUAACCAAUGUGAGCAUGGAGGGCGCUGCAUCAACACUGUUGGGUCCUUCUCCUGUCGGUGCCCAGUUGGUUACGCAGGCUCACGCUGUGAGUUAGAAAUUAACGAGUGUGCAUCCAAUCCCUGCCAAAACGGCGCAACAUGUCUUGACCAGAUUGGAGGAUACAAAUGUAUCUGUCAUCCAGGUUUGUAUAUGUUGUAAACGUUUGUAUAAGCAUGUGUGAUCGUUCAGUAGUAACGUCACCAUCUAACAAUUGGUUGGCCUGGGUUACUCAACCCGCCGUUGCGAAUCUGUGCCAUUUUGGAUAAAACUUUCGCUUUCACUUUAGUCAACGUUACAUAUUGUAGUCAGUCUUUGUUAUUUGUAUCUAUAUUUUAUUUGUAUGUUGUUGUGCAGUUUGUUGAUUCAGGACCUAUACUGCAUAUUCUUUAAAUACUACAGAAUAAUAUGCGCCGUGUUUAAAAUGUUUCUUUUGCAUGCCUAUCUAGAUAUAACUUCUGGAAGCUAUCAUACUUUGUUUCCAGGCCAAUCCUGUGAAUGUUUUAAUGGCCGGGCUUCAAUUGUUUAGUUUGUAAUCAAAACUAAUCUCACACUCACAAAAUUGAAAACACUGAUCUGUAGGUUACACUCAUUGUUUUCCUAUUAUGUGGGUCUAAAAAAAGAGACUUACAUGUAUCUGAUUUACUGGAUCUCAGCAGUCAAUUCAUUGGAGAACUGUUAAGCAUGUUGCCCAGGUGAAAGCUCCUUUGAGAUGCUUUGGUAUUGUGUGGGGGGAUAUGUAUUAAGGCCUUUUGUGAUCCAUUUUC